AUGGAGGCGUCGCCCCUCACCCAGCAGAGCAGGCCCGAAACCUUUCAGCCAAAGAUCGUGCACCUCUACGAGACCCUCUUCAAAGCCCCUGACGAUGUCGAUGUGGAGCCCUCGGAAGGCUUCUGGAGGGAGUUCUUUCUCCUGCCCCCGGAUCGAGGCCACUUGCAUUCCCUGCUGGACGGGUUGAGUCCCGACGAGACAUUGAGUCUGCAGACACAAACUAAGCGCUUGUUUGCUCGCGCCAUCCGGGAGGCUUCUUCUGGGGUUGCUCCGGCCGACUCUUAUGCAUUAGAUACUUUGACGAUAUUCUUGACCAGCAUCUUGAGCAAAAAAUACACAAACCCCAGCUCAGAUGUGAUUACCGUCCUCGCCGGUCUUGACGAGGUAGACCGCGUCAUUUCCGAGUUUGUGGCCGUCUUGGAUGGCAUUGUGCGCAACGGCACGAGUCUUGAAUUACGCCGCAAGGCAAUUAGAGUAGCCGUUGCCAUGACCAGCGGGGCCUACAAAACCAGUCUGGUCUCCUAUUUCACCCACCGGGACCUCUUCCCCUCGUUGAUGAAGUACGUCAAUGAUUCUGAGACCCCACUAGCAGUCUUCGAUCCCUUCUUGUUGUUGGGUCUACUAGCAAACUAUAACAAAUUCGAAUUCCAAAACCCGUACCAGCUCCGACUCGACGACUUCGUUAACGAGGCGAGCAUCCAAAAGAUCGUCAAGGGCGUCGGAAUGGCCUGUGGAGGUCUGCGCAACGGCUAUAUCGCCGUCCAGGAUGAUAUUCCUGAAGGCUGGACCUUGACGAACACCUUAAUUUUCUUCGGGCUGCGGGCUCUCGCGCCCGGUGCGAGGGACAAGGCGAACCCACCCACGGCGGAGGAAGCGAAGGCGAUGUUCGCUGCUCUCCCCGCUCAAGAAGCAGCCAUUCUAAUGGCCACCUACGACUUCACAAACUCGAACAAGCUCUUCGGCUACCACAUGGUGCACAUGAUCCCCGAGCAUAAUGAAGAGUCUCCCUUCUCCAGCUUCCUCUCCCUGUCCUCCUACCUCCUGCAACACGCAUACCGGUCCCCGCGCGUGGCGCACUACGCCGAGCUUAGCCUCUUCACGCUACGCAUCCUUGUCGAGGACCCGACCCUCUGCAAGCACAUCUGCAGCGAGGAGGGCAAGCGCAGAGUCCGGCUGUGCCGGCAGCGCCAGCCGUUUCUCCCACUUGUCGGCGGGGACCGCGUUCUCGCAACCGUCGUCUUUGACGCCCUGAUCGAUACUAUCACGCACAACCUCCGCCGGCGGCUGGACGUCAACAUCUACAGCCACACCAUAGCAAUAAUCCUCCGCCUCUUAACAUACCUUUCCAUGAACAAAAUCCGCCUUGCAUACCACUGGUCCGAGCUCUGGCGCACACUUCUCUCCCUCAUGCGUUUCCUAACUACCUACGCCGCCGACCUCUCCUCAAAUCCCAACAUCAACACCCUAACCAGCUCCCUCGCCGACCUGAUGGCCUUCUGUGUCUCCGGCGGCGACACCUUCCUCCCCGACCCAGCCUCCUACGACGACCUCUUCUACAAGCUCGUCGAGGUGGGCCCGGUCAUAUCCAAGUUCCGCGACGUGUACGCGUUCACGCGCUCGGGAUCGUCGAGCGCGGCUGUAUUCGACGCGCCGAAUAAGGAUAACAGUAUUCACGCCGCGGCCAUUGACACACUCCUGUCUGUGUCGACGCAUUUCUAUACGCUCCUCUUUCAGUCAGAUGGGAAGGAUCCUGCGACGGCGGCUGCAGCUGCGAGCCCGAAGGUUGACGGGGAGCCUACACCUGUGGUGCUGCCGGCCAUUAAGAAGAAGAAUCUUAGCCCACGUGAGGUGCACCGCAUUAUUAAGCAGGGCUAUGAUACGCUGAGUAUCCAGCCGCCGGAGGGGCUGACGACGUGGUCGCGGUGGAGGGAGACGGAGUGGAGGAGUGAGUUGAAGAGGGCGGCGCGCUGUGCAGUUGAUGAUGCGCGCCAGUUGGUUGCGUGA